CCUAAUAUGGGCCGUCGCCCAGCUUGCAGAACGAACCUGGAAAACCCGUACCCUGUAGCCGCCAGGGUAUGCGACGCACUUGGCAUGGACCUUCUGCCGGGUACUGCGGAGAACAAAUUUAUAACGAACAUUAUUAGGUACAACGAAGACUACACGCACCGAGGGAGAGAUAUACUUUACUGGCUCGACGUUCCUCCGCCAAGUGGCAACAGCUCCGUGUGCUCUGCAGCCCUUUACGGCGACGACGGCAUCGCAACUGCGCUGUCUGAAGUGCAGUGCAACACGUCUCUGCAUUCGCUAUGCGUUUUCACCAACAUUGAAAGACAUUCUACAGUGGCGCCUAGCACCAGCGAAACUACCACUGAUAUUGCCAGUGACAAUACUGAUAUUGGCAGCGGUACUGUCAGUGAUGUUGCCAGCUAAAUCACUGAUCUUACCUGUACUGGUGGCAGUCACACA